AUGUCCCAGGAAAGCGGAGAUCUCAGCCAAAUGGCCAAGGACGGCACCACCGUUCCCGGUGAUGCUGGAAAGCAGAACCUGCUCCCAUCGGUGCCCAACCCCGACCAACUACGAGAUACUAACGGCGGACUCGGCGCCACAGAGUUGCACAGCGCAGCCGAUAACCCUAUCGGCACAGGCAAGGACUCGGACGACAACGCCAUCUCGGCGACCGGACACUCGGUACCCCCGUCGACGGCCACCAAGUACAGCGGCCGCGGCGGCAAGGAACGGCGACCCGAGAGGUUUAACCACUACUAA